UUUUCACUGCACAUUCCUUAUUAUAUCACUUUUUCUUCUCUCUUUUUUUCCCCAGCUUCCACAUUCUGUAGGCUUCUCCUCUCUCAGUCUCUCAUUUUUCUUCUUUUUCUUUUUCCUCAAAUUUUCUUUUCAAUUUGUAUUCAUUUGAGUAUUGAUCAGAGAAAAUAAGAAAAAAGAACAAGGAGAUUAAAUAUCCAAUUCAAAGCAAAGAAAUGGUGGGGUGUGGGUUGUACAUUAAGAAGAAAACAGAUUGGAUUAGUACCCUUCUUGAAAGUGAGUUCUUUAGUCCUUGCUCUGAUCAUCAAGACCUCAGGAAAAAUGAAAAAAACGUGUUCUGCAUCGACUGUUGUCUCGAGUUUUGUCGGCAUUGUAAGGCUCAUAGCCAGCACCGGUGGCUUCAGGUCUGCAAAUAUGUAUAUCAAGAUGUCGUUCGACUUCAAGAAAUGCAGAAGCAUCUGGACUGUUCCAAAAUUCAGACAUACAAAAUCAAUGGUGAAAAAGCUGUACAUUUGAAUCCAAGGCCUCAAGCUAAAGAUGCCAAACCAUCAACGAAAUCGAAAACAGGUGCUGCAUGUGAAGCUUGUAGAAGAUAUCUUCAAGACCCACCUAAUCGUUUUUGUUCCAUUGCAUGCAAGGUAUCAGCUGUUGAUGUGAAGCCUAAAGACCAAAGCCAUAAAAUGGAAUUAUCAAUACAAGAAUAUCAUGAACUUUCAUGGAAAGAGAAUCAAAAUCUGGAAACAAGUUCAGAAGAUAAGCAAUCCUCACUCUCCUCAACAGAUCUUUCAGAAGAGGAGACUAAAACAUGGUUGGUCAAAAGUUUAAAGCCUCGGAAACGAUUGCACAAAAGGAAAGGCACUCCUCUGAGAGCUCCCCUUACUUAAAUACUCAAACAAAGGUACUUGAGAAUACAAUAAAAGGAAUCCAUAGCUAUACCAGUUGAUAAAAGUGAUGCCACAUUUCAAUGGUAUUUGAAAUGAAAGUCACUCUUUGAAGAUGAGUCCUCAUUGUGGAAUUUAGUUGGUGUUAGUUGAGAGAGGGCGGUCCCUAUCAUUGUCAUGAUCAGAGAAAGUUAAUAUUUUUUCUUGAGAUUGUACAGGACAUAUAAGGGAAAAAAGAAGAUGGUAUAUUUGAUGGGGAAGUCAGCUGUGUUUUAAAAUGGAUUUUGAGCUUUUGUAUCUACCCCCCCCCCCUUUUGACAGAUUUGAUUGGAUCUAUUAUGAUUUUGUUUUUCUUU